CACACUGGCGUCCACACACACACACACACAUAUACUCUGACAUACACACUCACAGCUGUUGAUAGUUCUCUGUGAUGUGCACUGGGGGCACCAAGGAACCUGCAGGAAUCUGGCGGAAAGCAAAAUCUGCAAAGCAAAGCUGCUGUGAUCUUGACCAUUGAACAUGUAUGUGGAGAUUCUGCCUGGAUAAACUGGACCGAAUGGUUUUUCUAUAUUUCAUAUCCUGGUUUUUCUCUUUUUCGUUUCCCGGCUGCUGUCUGGGGCUCAGUGUUGGAAUUUGAGAACAGAGACAUGUGUUUUGCCUCAGCUGCCUACUACCACUGCCGGUUCUUUCCCAUUCACUGACCAGUGAGGAAAUCCAAGGUGACAGUCAAAGACAGCAGCCAUAGAGAACACAGGUGAGGUCACACAGUUAUGAGUGCGGACAGCCAUCAAGGGGUGGUUUGCACCUCUCCCACUGCAGUUGGAGGCACCAAGGAACGCUACUUAGACCGGACCAACGUCAAUGAUCCGGAGUACCUCAGAGCCCGAAAUAUGUCACCAGACCUCCGGCAGGACUUUAACGUUCUGGAGCAGAAGAAACGUGUGACACAGAUACUGAAAAGCCCUGCUUUCAAAGAGGAGUUGGAGAACCUGAUCCAGGAGCAGCAGAAGAAGGGGAACAAUCCCACAGGCCUGCUGGCCCUCAGACAGAUUGCUGACUUCUUUAUGUCCGCCCCAGUGGCCGGCUUUAACACCUCCCCACUCAGUCUUGGGAUGGUCACUCCAAUCAAUGACCUGUACGGAGCAGAAUGUUCCACAAUGGUGAAAGGCGAGAAGCUGACACGCUGUAAGCUGGCCAGCUUCUACAGAGUGGUGGACCUGUUCGGUUGGGCCCACUUUAGCAACUCCUACAUCACAGGCCGCAUCAAUAAGGAGCAAGAUCACAUCCUCAUCAUCCCCAGAGGCCUGUCAUUUGCUGAAGCAUCUGCAUCGAACCUGGUGAAGAUUAACCUUAUCGGGAAUGUGAUUGACCAGGGCUCCACCAACCUGAGAGUCGACCCUGCAGGUUUCAGUCCCCAUGCUGCCAUCUACUCCAUGCGUCCAGACAUACGCUGCAUCAUCCACUUGCACACGCCUGCUACAGCAGCUGUGUCGGCCAUGAAGUGUGGAAUCUUGCCAAUUUCCCAAGAGUCUUUGGUCCUUGGUAAUAUCGCUUACUUUGACUACCACGGUAGCCUGGAUGACCAGGAGGAGAGACACGAGCUGCAGAAGGCUCUUGGGCCAACAACAAAGGUUCUUGUGCUGAGAAAUCAUGGUGUGGUGGCUCUCGGGGAAACUAUCGAUGAGGCCCUUCAUUUCAUCUACACUGCACAGUAUGCUUGUGAAAUCCAGGUGAAAGCCAUCUCAUGUGCUGGAGGCAUAGACAACCUGAUUGUGCUGGAUCGGGAAGAAUACCUUUCGCGGGUGUUUGCUAUGGGCACUGCACAAGAUGUGAAUAUGGGCGGACUGCAAAAGUGGAAGCCUGGCGAGUUGGAGUUUGAGUGUUUGAUGAGGAUGCUGGAUAACCUGGGCUACAGGACAGGCUACAUGUACCGGCACCACAUUGUGCGGGAGAAGCCAAGACACAAGAGCGAUGUGGAAAUCCCCGCCACUAUCACAGCAUUCUCAUUUGAGGAGGACGAGGACAUAGCUGCCACCCGGCUUCCAUUUAAAUUUCUGCAGCAGCGGCAGCAGAGAGAGAAAACACGCUGGCUGAACUCCCCAAACAGCUACACCAAAGUCAGCGUGGAGGGUGGAGAGGAGCGCUACAACAGCCGGACGUCCACAUGGAUGAAGGGGGAGGAGCCAGGAACGCCGAUCCGUAUUGAGGAUCCAAAUCAGUUUGUUCCUCUCAACACAGACCCCAGUGAGGUGCUGGAGAAAAGGAACAAAAUCAGAGAUCAGAACCGUCAUGAUGUGAUGUCAUCUGGGCCGCGCUCACAGCAUCUUGCAGGCAUUCCUGUUGAUGAACCACGACAGGAUCUGGUGCAGAUCAAAGUUCUGCCAUACGUGCCCACGGAGGAGGAGCAGAUGGCUCCCCUGCCUCCCAACCCCUUUAGUGAGCAGACAGAGAAGGACCUGGAGGAGUACCGCAAGAACGUGGAGAGGAGGCAACUGGGUCUCAGUGACGGCGAGCACGAGUUAACCUCUGACGACGGCUCGACUCUUUCUCAGUCUGUCACGCAGUCCCCGCAAAGCACCCCAGCUAAAGAAGAGAACCACACAGCUCUGAUGAACGGCAAAGACGACCAUGUUGACGUGGAGCUGUCCAAACGCGUCAGUGAGCUGAGCGUGGAGAGUGUGGAGAUCACCGUGCGCCCCGGUGAGAAGAUCGAUGAGCCACUGUCGCCUGAGAGCUCGCCCUCCAAGUCACCCAACACCAAGAGGAAGAAGAAGUUCCAUACCCCAUCUUUCCUGAAGAAGAACAAAAAGAAAGAGAAGACGGAGACCUGAGGAAGGCGAGGCGAGUGGGAAGAAAGAGAAGGAGGGGCAGCAACCACCUUUUCUGUUUCAUGUCUGUUUUUUGUUUUUUUUUCCCUGUGUUCAAUUUCCUUCCAUUGUUUUAAACUUGUUUGGCUUUUUAAGAAAUGGUUUUGUGUGCACAGGGCAGAUGAAGAUUAAUUGGAAAAUGAAUUGAGUAGAAUUAAAUAGUUUCAGGGAGGGUGUUUGGAGUGAAAGCGGAAGCAGCAGAGGUGUGUGAGCGUUGUCUUCACACCUGCGCAGUACAGCCCGACAGAUCUGAUAUGAACUAUUUGUAGAUGAAUCAGUAUCACCACGUUUAUAAUGGCCGAUACAUAGCAAUUUAAAAGAAAAGAAGUGCUUAGUAGAGUUAUGUGGGAGUUUUUACAAUUGGCUGUAUUUUUUUAAUACAUAGUCUUAUUUAUCAAAACUAGUAUAUUUUCAAGUAUUGUUCAAAUUGUGUUUCAGUCAGUAAAACAAGUUUAAUUUCAAACAGCAUUAUGACAUGUUAUCUUCAUGAGGACUCAUUACAAAAACUACACAAUACAAAUUUUAGGGGCAGCUUUGGUUAUGCUUUGUAUUUCUAUGGAAAAACCAAUAUCUGUCAGUAUGUCGGCAUAUCAAAUUUUAGAAUCUUCAAAUAUCAAAAUCGGUAUCAGUCUGAAAAAUCCUGUGUCGGUUGGGCUGUACUUGCACAGGUGUUCCAUUUACAUCUUGCUCAACUGGCUCAUUUUGUGUUGGUUCCUAUGCUGAUAACAGAGCUGGAAACCUCCUUCAACAUUUUACUUUUGCGGUAAAAUCCCCUGUUUUCCAACAACUGGUUUAAUCAGUAAAGCUGCACAAGACAAAUGUUUUGUUGUUGUUGUUUUUUAACUUGUACUUUUCCCAUUUGUGUGACCUGGUUCUGCACCAGGGGGUGAAAAGUUGCAUGACGUCACUGGAAAAAUGAUCUUUGUAUAACAGCGGCAGGUUUUUUAUGUUGUGGGUGUUUUUUUUUCUUCUUCACACAUUUCAUGCAGGCUUUCGACGCCAACUGUCGCUUCAGCAGCUUUGCCGAUGAUUUAAAGGAGGAUGAAGAUUUGCAACAUUAUCUCAAAGACCUGCUCAGUAUAUUUAUGUAGCAUUUUUAUAUUUCAGCAUCUUCAUCUCAGUGGGGGUUUUUUAAGCAAAAACACAGAAACAAUCUCUUUUGUAGGAAAAUAUCUCUUAAAUUCUUUUUUUAAAUCACUUAUAAGCUUUUACAGGGACUACACAUGUAAAGCAUGAUUUGUCUUUUUGUUGUUGACUGUUCUGUGGUGUGUCGCCUGCUUGCUCACCGUAUAUCAAAUUACACAAAUUUACUAUAUGACACAGACGUAUGAAAACUAUAUUUUUUUGCGCUGCACUUUUUUAUUGUGAUUAUAUGAGAUGUAUUUCACCGGUGAAGGAGAUUUUAAGGUGUUGGUAAAAGUUGUGCAAGUGGAAAGCGGGGCGUGGCAUCGUAGUAAGAUUCAGGAUCAAGAAAGUGAAACUGAUGAGGAAAAACUCUUUCAUUGGUGUCACACGUAUGAGAGAAACCAUUACUACUACUUCUCAGUUCAGAUAAAAAAAAUUUAAAAAAGAUGAAGUAGUGCCCAAAGAGUCUGUGAGAGGUCACCAGCUGAGGAACUGUGGAGAGGUGGCAUCUGCGUUUGUGUGCGUUCUGAAGCCAUAUUCUAGUUUGUUCGCCCACAGUUAUUUCUGUAAUGAGACAAAGGUCACUGACCUUCAGGAGCCUGUCGAGUAAAGACUUAAACGACCCCAGUGACUGCAUCCACACCCCUCAGCUGCCCCAAUAAUCCCAGCUGCUACACGUCCUCAUAUCUUGUAGUCAUUUACUUACUCGUCGAACUGGAAUCUUACACAUUUGUUUAUUGUUUUGGUUGGGUUUCUUUUUUUUUUUUUUUUGCUCCAAGGGCCCAAAGCUUCUUCGUGUUUUUUUUUGUUAUGUUUGAACUUUGCAACGCCAAAUUAUAAUUCGUAAGCACGAGUCCACCACUGAGAGCCGGACCCCAGGUAUGUGAGUGUGUCCAGGAUUCAAGACGCUGCCAGUUGUGUUACAGCAAACGCAUCAACGUCACAAAACAGGACUCAAACACACCACAUUCUGAUCACUUGCUUUCUUCCUCCACACCAUUUCCUCCUUCUGGGAAGUUCUUUUUCAUCCUCCAUUCAUGCCACAGUCCGAUUUAUUUUCUCUUUUAGUUUGCGGAGAGUGCUCGGCUUUUUGAUGGACCUUCUUUGAGCAGAACUUUGCUCCCGAUUGAACUGAAUGUGCAUUUCAUUGUUUUUGAUUUUCUGUUUUCGACCGUGUGCACCUUCCAUUACUAAUGCCUGUCUAUCCAUCAUUUUGCUUCUGUUAAAACAAAAAAACAAACAAAAACAACUUGUUUUGCUUUGGCAUGCCAUAAUAAGCCGAGCUACCUUGUGACCUGUGAAAAUCCUAUAAAUGGUUAUCGAAUUGAUUUGCUUUUAGAUGCAUUUGCUAAUCGGUGUAAAGUCACAAAUAAAAUUGUAUUUUAAGAGACAAAA